AGUUGGUCUAAGAGCGUUGCCCGGUGCUAGUCGUCGUUUGUUUCUCCUUCCCGUCAGAUUCGAUAAAUUCAAGUAGCAAAUCAAAAUGUCCGCGUUCGUUGGCAAGAAGUACAAACUGGACAAAUCCGAGGGUUUUGAUGAAUACAUGAAGGAACUUGGCGUUGGCAUGGUGCUGCGCAAAAUGGGUAACAGUGUCAGUCCCACUGUGGAGCUGACCCAGGAUGGUGAUACUUAUACCUUCACCACAACCUCAACCUUCAAGACGUCCGCCAUUUCGUUCAAGCUGGGCGAGGAGUUCGACGAGGAGACCCUGGAUGGUCGCAAGGUGAAGAGCAUCAUUACGCUCGAUGGCAACAAACUGACGCAGGAGCAGAAGGGCGAUAAGCCGUCGACCAUUGUACGCGAGUUCAACGACAGCGAGCUGAUAACUACCCUUACCAUUGGCAACGUGAAGUCCGUGCGCGUCUACAAAUCGGUUUAGGGCCAACGCGAGACUCCACUCCACUCCAAUCGCACAUCCACACACACGACUGAACAUGAAUUUAGUUCAAUAUAUUAACUUUGCAUUAAACAAACAAACAAACUAAGUUGUUCUACAACUAUUAUUGUUAUUGAUUAACAAACAAACAAAAACGCACUUUAACUCUUAAUGUUAAUUUAACAAUGAAA